UGACUCCUCUCUUGACCACACCUAUGUGACCAGAUUAGUUGCAUACAAGGUGAUCAGAACUUGGCCUUUAGCAGUGAUCAGGCUUAUCUUGGCUUUUGGUCUGUAAAGAGACUUCUUUAGAACAAUGCUUUCAAGAAGGACCAGGAAGCAAGCGGGCCGAGCGAAGGGCAGCGGAGAUUCCGGGUUGGGAAUGGUGGACGCCCUGCAAGAGCAGAAGAAUGAGAAGAUCCGCCUCUUCAUGUUGGAUUUUGUUCAGCAAAAAAAAGAUCGCAUUAAGGAGGUGAAAAAGGAGCUGGAGGUCCUCAGCGCGAUCCCAGAUCAGCUCCUGGAGGUGGAGCUCCUGAAGAUGCCGCUGUCCAUCCGGCAGAUGAAGGUUGGAGACUAUAACAAGCUGAUGGGAGGAAACAAAGUGGAGGAGGCUGCACUGACGAAGAUGGAUAAUCUGGAUGUAGAACAUUGUGAAGCCAAACUUGUAAGAAAGAACAGCAAGAGAGUUAAGGUGACAACCACUACAGAAUAUCACGAUCCCAUUGGCUCUAAAGGGAUGUCCACCAUCCAGAAGAGUAGGACUGUCCAGAAGGUCGCCAAAAGUAAAUCUUGUCUUGAGAAUUCCAAGCGGCCCACCAUGUUAAGAUCCAUAUCUGCCACCCCCCUCGGUAAAACGCCCAGGAAGCUUUUGUCGUCUACUUCAAUCUGUCGGACGGAAUCUCAAUUGCCCAGAUGCACCAGAUCAUCGCGAAACAGGGCGAAAUCUUCACUGACUGACCACCAGUUCCUGGAUGGUAUCCCGCUUCUUCAUAUACCACUAGUAGAUGGCCAGACACUGUCUUCAGCCAAUGAUGAUCUGGAGUGCGUGGAUGUGGAGCUGCUGAGACCGGACACUGUACAACACAUUCACACUCUUGUAGGUCGGCUAACCAAUUUGUGCACCAAAGCAUACACACAGCAGCAUGGAUCCAGCCCAGUGACCUGAGCCAUGACCACAUGGAAGAAUAUUCUACUUGCUAUGAAAAUGUUUCUUCUGACCAGUGUCUUGUCUAAUAUUUUAAUUUUUUUGUAUGUUGAUUAUUUACAAUAAAUUAUGAAUAAA